AUGCCCAAAAUCAAGAUGGCGCUGGUGGUGGAGUUUGAUGCAGACCAAUCAGACCACAACACCAUCCAUCUUGCGCUUGAUCAGAUCCUGCAUCUUCAACCAGCAUGCAGCAUUGUUUCUAAGAAUAUUAUUGAGAUUGACGGUACCCCCACUGUUGGGGCAGAUGGUCUGUCCUCAGCCGAGACUAUUGCAAGAUAUUCCAGAUCAUCUGCAACCGUUGGGCCUCGGGAUGGCGUCCAAGGCGAUAGCUACCGGCCGGACUACUCAGAGCGGAGCAGAGACCAGCUACUCGACAGCUACAGACCAGGUACAUUGGAUGGUCAUGGCGCAUCCUCUCGAGGGAUCGAUAGCUACAGACCUAAUGGUAAAGUCUCCUCCGAUCCCGCUGCCAUUCACCCAGACAGACAAAAAAUCAUGACUCGAUCCGACGAGACAAUUGACUUUACAAACGAAGGUGGAGGGCUGUCAUCUUCCGCAGUCCUGGGCACCCGCUACGACGCCCUUGUCGAAGACAUAGUCUUCACUCCCAACUCCCAACCUACGACGAACAACAACAGCAGCUACAAAGAUACCCGCACUCGCCGCAGCAGCUCACACUACUCCCCUCCACCCGCACGUGACCGAUCCGCUUCACCGCAGAACGGAUGGCGUCGAAGCGAACGUCUUCGAACCGCUCCGUCACGAAACAGGUCUGAGCACGAGACGUCGCACAAAACCAAACUCGAAAGAUGGAAACAGCGUCGAGACGAAGAGAUGAAGCGCCUCGAGGCCGCGCGCGGGUCGUUAGAAUUCCUAGCGCCUCUCUUUUCGGACAAGGGGAGGUUUGAGAGACAGCGGGAAAUACACGGCAUCACGGAAGCCCUGCGCCUCAAGAACCUGCGUACCAACCACAAGAUCGAGAAAGCGAAACGCCAGCUCGAUAAGCGGCGAUGGGGUGGUGCUGGAGAGAAGGCGGGAGGAGGAGAAGAAGUCAAGCAAGGUGCUAGGAUGGAUGCCGUGAUCGAGCAGAUCGCAUCCUUUGAUUUCAGCGCACCAUCCAGCGGCAUCGCAAAUGGUGAUGGCUCAGCACAUUCAGCAACCCAUCCGCCGGUCGAGACGAGGAAGAAAAAGGGAGCAGGGGCGAGGAAGCGCGGCAGAGGAAAGUCGGUGGCGAUGCGAGAAAAAGAAUCAGCGGUCCUGAAGCGUGAUAACGACGAUGAGAUGCACGAUGUGCAUCCCCAUCCACCACCGCAGACGCAGACGCAGACACAAGCGCAGCAGCUGUGGGAGCAGCAGAUGAAAUCCCAAGCUUCCAGCACCAGCAUGGCAGACAUGGCGGUUGAUGACGGGGCGGAGUGUGUGAACGUGCUGGGUGGCAGCAGCAGCAGCAGCGGCGCCGCCACGAAUGCAAUACCUGCCACGGCUGAUGCUGGUGCCUUGGAUGAGGAGGGCGUGGCGUGA